CUCAACACAGUCGUGCCGACGAACAGACCGCACAAAGCGUAAUGCAAAAGAAUUGAAAAAAAUCACCAAGUAUAGAGGCCAAAAAGCGAACGCAGCAAGUCGGCGUAUAAUUAAACAAUUGUCGUUCGAUGCGGAGCAACUAAAUGCGGCGAUUACAGCGCAGCGAAUGCGAGCGGCAAACGAAUUGCGGUAAGGUACCAAAAGGCGAAGAAAAAAAGUCGAAUCGAAAUACGAAUGAAGCGACACCACACACGCACACACGGAAACGCACACGCACACCAGUGCGCCGUGUUUAAAGUGAAAAAUUGAAGGCGAAGGCGUUUGGGUGGUGGAACAGACGCUAAUCGCAUUAAGGAGGCCAAAGAAGGAAGCUGUCUAAAGGAUUGGCUUGAAUGUUUGUACUUUUAGGAGGCAGCAAAAUAAGCCGAUAAAACGGCGACCGCAAUUUAGGCACACACACUGAGAGUCACAGGCCACACACACACACACACAUGCCACUGAGAGCCUCCCAUACAAGCAGACCACAACACACACACACACACUUACAAGCGCGCGUGCCUUGGCAGGUGAGAAGAAGAAGCAGCAACGGAAGGAGAAUAAGGAGCAAAAAGGAGGCGCCAAAGGCCCCACAAAAUUGGAUAAAUUUGGAAAAAUAGGGCUGCAUUAUCUCCCCGAGAAGAGGAAGCAGCAGCAGCAGCAGCGGACGAAAACGGAGGAGGAGCAGGAGGAAAAUCCAACAGAAGCAGCAGCGUAUUUGGCGAAAAACUUGCAUUGAUGGUAAUGCAUGCUAGAAAACCGCAGCGUAUGAACGAUGGGUACUUUGAGAAGCAUACCAGUCACACAUCCUACCAGAGCUCAAAGUACAGCAGUUCAAAGCGCGACUACGAACGCGAUCGUUCCUCCAAUUACCGCGAUCGCGACCUGUCGCCAGGCGCUGGCGGUGGAGGAGGCGGCGGAUCCGCUGGUGGUGGAGGAGGCGGCAGCGGGGGCGGCAGCGGCAACGGCGGCGGACCAUUGAACAAUGGCAACAGCUACCGUUCCCAAUCGCCGGACAUAGAUUCGCCAUCCUCCCGUUCGCAUGAUCUGCGCGAUCGCAGCGAUCAUCGGGGCGGCGGCGGCGGAGGUGGUGGCGGCGGCGGUAAUGGGCGUGGCGGCAGCGGCGAGCGGUACAGCUUCAUACAAAAGAUGCGGGACCGAGAUCGGGAUGUCUACAAGAAGGAUAAAUAUUCAGACAAACGUGAUCGACGUGGCAACGAUCGCGACUCGGAGUCGUCGUACCGCACCAACCAUGACAGGGAUCGGCGUGGCGGGGGCGGCGGAGGUGGUGGCGGCGGUGGCGGUGGAGGAGGCAACGCCAGCAGCAAGCUCUGCUCCUCGCGGGAAAACGACAAACGCUCGGGGUCCGACGAUCGCGAUCGGGAGCGGGAUCGAGAUAUGCGCGACCUGCGCGACAAGCGGGAUCGCGGUUCCGAUCGCGACAGAGACAUGUACAAGAAGGACAAAUAUGCAGAUAAACGCGAGCGCAGUGAUCGCGGUGAGCGGACAGCGCGUUAUGGGGACUGGAGCGAGCAUGUCAGCUCAUCGGGAAAAAUGUAUUACUACAACUGCAAGACGGAAAUCUCUCAGUGGGAGAAACCAAAGGAAUGGGUGGACAGAGAAAGAAAUUUGCCGCGUGAUCAGCAUCGUGAGAAGGACUAUCGCGAUAAAGAUCGCGAUCGCGACCGCGAUGAUCGUUUCUCCAGAUCGACAUACAAACAUUCCAAUUCUUCGCGCGACAAUUCACGACUGAGAUGGAAUUACGACAACGAUGGCGGUCCGCCCAGCCAUCGUAGGCGUUUGGAUGGUCGUCACAACGACAAUGCUGACAUGGACAUAAGUGGCGACUCUACGCCUACCUCGGAGGCCAGCUACUCGCUGAGCGGCACGCCCACCACCCACGGUGGCGGACCGGGCGGUGGCGUUCCUGGUGGCGGCGGCGGUGGCGGUAGUGAUCAGCCAAUGGGCAACGCCCUGCCCCGUUUGGCCUCCCAUCCGAAUGCCAACUCCUCCGUUUCGUCGGCGACGGGCGCAGGAACGGCGGCGGGACUUCACUACGGCAGCGGAGCGGGCGGUGGCCCGGUGACGGGGGCCACAAUGCUGCCCACCAGUGGACUGUCGUCGUCGGGCAUGGUGAACAGCAACAGUGCCGGCGGCGGUGGAGGCAGCAACAACAACGCCAGCAGCAGCAGCAGCAGCCUAAGGAACUCCGCUGUCGGCCACAUUGGCUCCACAUCUGGUACAACUGUGCCCACACUGGGAAGUCAGGAUCCGCACCAGCAUCAGCAUCAGCACCAGCACCCACACCAGCACCAUCUGAACUCGAAUGCUCCACUGCCACCGGGUGCCAAGGGCAAGGAUCAGGCGCUGCUCAUGCGCCAGAAGAUGCACCUGGGCCUGGGCGUCCUGGAUGUGCAAUCGCAUCACGGCGUCAACUCGGUUGGCUCGUCGGCAGACGGUUCGGUCAAUCAUGCCUACAACUCGGUCAACAACUCGGUCUCCGGCAGCAGUCUAAGCAGCUUACGAGACAACAGUGUCAACUCGCCGCUGUACAUGCCGCAUCCACACCACAGCCUCUCGCCGUCGUUGAGCUACACCAAGAGUCCCAUCCCGACGAUUGUGGGCCACACGAACAACGUGAGCAACGCCUACACCUGCAAUCCACCCUUCGGCCUCAAGGCGACCCUCGACGGCGGAGUGGGAGUGCUGGUGGCAAACGCCUCGCCGGCCACGCCCGGCGGCAAUGCCUCCUCCGGCUCCAGUGGAGCGAAUAGCAGCCAAAGCAUCGUGCCCGGCCUGGGCGCCGUCAGCGGAAUCAGUGUGAUCACCUCGAUGGGCAGCAACAGCGGGGCGGCGGCGGGUGGCGAGGGCCCGCCCACGCCCACACAGGAACUGGACUUGAGCGGCUCGGCGCUGGAGCAGCAACAGUUGGCCGCCGCAGCGGCAGCCGCGGCAGCGGCCAGCCUUCAGCUGCAGGCGGCGCAGCAGGCCCAGCAGCAGCGUAAAUUGGAUGGCACCUCGUCGGCCACGCUAAGCUCGCUGCAGAGCUGCGUGGGAUCCUCGGGGCAGGCGGCAAACCUACGCGGCCCCGAGAUUUCACCGAAGCUGGCGAAAUACUUCCGCGCCGACCUGAUUGCGCACGUGACCAACUGGCAGGCGGAGGUGCUGGAGCGUCAGGUAAGCUGUGAGGCGCAGAAGUGCUGUGAGGAUACGCACCUGUUUGGCGACAUCACCUGUACGAGGAUAUGCGCGGAAUUGAAGUGCGCCCGCAGCCUGGUGCGCAGCACCGAGAUCAAUGCCACCCUGCAGGAACAAAAAAUCAUGUAUUUGCGUCAGCAGAUCCGCCGCAUUGAGGAGUCGAAGACUCAGAACGCGUUCAUGUCGGACGAUACUUAGGAUCAGGAGCAGGUUAGGCUGCGCGUGCAUCGCAAGCUGUCCGUCAGGCUCAAAAAGAGCUUCUUUUGGCGCAGCUGAUGAAGAUUGCGAUGAUGAUUGGUCCAUUGUGGCCGCCGCCAGCAGCUAGCCUUUGUCCUCGUUUCGCAUGCCCGGAUCAACCCGUAUUUGUGGUCGUCUGGGAAUGAUUUAGAUGAUGACGACGACUGGCGGGGGCCCACGACAAUGACUGAGAAACCGCGUGCAUCCUGCUCCAUUCUCCUAAUUCUCUCCAUUGGGGGACGCAUCUUUCCCCACCACCAACACCACUAACACCACCACCACCACUACCACCACCACCAGGCCGCGAUUCACUUGUGUUCGGAUCGAGUUCCAGUCGGCAACCGAGUAUAUGGUGGCAGUGUAUAACUGGUUAAGCGGACUAAAUGGACUUGGCACAAGACAAAUCAGGAUAAAUCAACCAACAGCUGCGACAAGAACUCCAACAAGAAACACAAAAAAAAACUAAAACAUAAUUUAUAAUUAGCAAAGCGUAAAUUAAAAACAAACGUAAACUUAAAUAAGCAUUGAAGCAAGGCGGAGAAAGAAGCCAGAGAAAUAGCCACAAACAAACACACCACUCAAAGAUAACUACAAAAGGAGAAUAGAGCCGUCAGACAACUACAAGAUCAAGAAGCAAUAUGGAUAAAGCCUAGUAACGAAUCGAAUCGAAAAACAAAAGCAAACACAAACACAAAAACAAAAACAAAGCAAAAAACAAAACAAAAGAAAAGAUAAACAAACGAAAUAGGAUCAACAACAACACCAGCAACAACACCAACAAAAAAACAAGUCAACAUAGUAUACUCAACUGCAAUAAAAAGCUAAUUAAACUAUAUACAAAUUAUAUAUAAAUAAAUAUAUAUAAAUAGAGUAUAUGAAAGAUUGUAUAUUUACAACAACCGAACAUAAUAAUGUAUGAGAAUCAUGAUGAUAAAAUGAUUACGAUGACAACCAAAAUGCAAGUCAAGUCGAGCCGAACGCACGCUUCUCGGGACGAGGAAAUCGACAAUUUUAUAUAUAUAUAAUAUAUAUAUGUGUUUAUUAUAUGUAUAUAUAGUUUUGGGAUCCUACGACCUGACGACGUUUAUUAUAUCCGCAUUACUAUUUAUUUUCAUUCAGCGAUCGCAAAUGUUUGUUUAUUCUUUUGAUUGGCUUGCUAUCCUGCUAAUUGAACUCUGCGAUUCUUGUUUUGUAGUUAUUUGCCGAUAAUUCGCAACGCCCCCGCCCACACCCAAAAUUGCUCUUUAGUUAAAAAAAAAAACAAAAAAUAUAAGGAAACUAAGAAAAACAAAAUUUGUAUUUAUAUAUAUAUACCUAAUUUUUUUAACCUCCGAUUGAAAUCGCAGCAAGUUUUGUUUUAGUUUAAUUUUUUUUGUAUGCCCUACAUUUACGUCUUACCAAGUAUAUGAACGUAUGUAUUUCAUUAUAUAUGCAUAUAUAAUUUAUUUGGCAAAA